UUCGUGUAUGUCGAAUCAGUUCGUAUCACUUUUUAGAAGCUAUAAACUAGUCGGUGGGGCAGCGCGCCAACGAAACAACCUAAAAAUCUCGAAAAAUGCCGUGCAGUCAUUAACAUCAUUUUAAUCAUUAAAAUCGAUUUUCUUAGCGUUUUACGAAUUUGACCACAAAAUUGACUGCCCACGAAUAUUAAAAUCACGCGCGAGUUUAGCCAUUCCAAAUUUCCUGUCUACAAGAGCCGAUCCAAUUGCAAGAAUGCUGACCCAAAAGAAGUCGCUGCUGCCACACGUCCUGCGCCAGGUGGUCAACCUGCUGGCGACACUCCCCAGCCGCCAAUUCCACGUGGAUAACACCAGCCGCCAAUUCCACGUGGAGAACUCUUACCCGAUGCCGCAGCCCCGGAAAGAUCUCAAGCGGAUGACGCCGCCGGAGAAGGACAAGGUCUACGACGCCUGCUGGCAGACGACACGCCGCACGGAGUAUAAAUGCCGCUCGGACAUUGAGUUCAAUGUGCCGGCCUUUAUCGAUGCCCGCAAGGGCUGCCUGAAGGACUGCGCCCUGGAGAUGGACGCCUCCGAUCUGGCCCACUACAGGCCCCAAGACAUGCUGAAGCGCAAGUAUCAGCGCACCUGGUACGAGUGCGUCAUCAAGAAACCCCGUCGUAAGGCUUACUGCGUCCACAAGCCACCGCCGCUACCUCGCCGUCCCCGCAAAAUACCCAGGACCAGCGCAUGCAAUCGGCCGCCCUUCGCUCUGGGGCGCGUUGACCUGGGGCUGAAGAAAUGUACAAAGAAAAAAAUGGACUGCCCUCGCUUCUGUAUGCCGAAUUGCGUUAAGGAAGCCCGCAACCCACCCAGGUGCAAGCGGCCGUUCCGCGGCGGACUCUGCACCAGGCGGAAGUGCAAGUACCCAAGCUUCUCCGAAUGCCGCCACGAUCCCAUCCCGGAUGCCCGUCCCAUCGAGUGCAACUGCCUGGCCAGGCCUGCCAUCUGCGACAUGUGGCGGUUCUAUCGACGUAGAAACUAAUCAUUAGAAGGUCUACGCAGCGAUGGUGAUCUUGGCCGUAUUACUUUAUUUUUAAUAUCUGCAGAACUUUGUAAAAUUUGAGGACUAUAUGAUAAAAAAAAUCAAGUGAAUUGUUAGUAAAAAAGUAAAAAAAAAAAUUAUAAUUGGAAAAAAAAACU